UUCAGGUAUUAUGUAGAGCUCGUUUGCUAUCCUAAUUAUGUCGACGGAUAGCGUGGAUCACAGUAUCGAGCCCGGAAAAGCUGAAACACAUAAUGCUACAGAAGCAUCUGUUCUCGGCUUUGAUGGUUCAACUUUUCUACAGACUUGGACAGCAGAAGUCAUCACUGGCGUUUUUGUGAUACUGGCAGUUUGUGUGACUGCAUGUCAGAUCUACCAUCAUUUGAAGAACUACACAGUUCCGAAUGAGCAGAGGUGGAUAGUAAGGAUUCUGUGCAUCGUGCCAAUCUACACACUCUCUUCGUGGAUCUCGAUUCUCUGCUUCAAUCGCAGCAAUGUCUUCAUCUACUUCAAUGCAAUCCGAGACUGCUACGAGGCUUUCGUCAUCUACAGUUUCCUGAGUCUAUGCUACGAGUACUUGGGAGGGGAGUCAGCCAUCAUGGCCGAGAUCAGAGGAAAGCCAAUAGCUGUUAAAACAUGGUACCCCUGCUUGCGAAGCAAUUAUGCAACCUGCAGGAACUGCACCUGCUGGCUCAAUGGACUGCAAUACACCAUCAGUUUCCUCAGAUUCUGCAAACAGGCCACCCUGCAGUUCUGUGUUGUGAAGCCAGUGAUGGCAGUGGUCACUCUCAUUCUGCAGUUCUUCGGACUCUACCAGGACGGAAACUGGAGCACGAAGAGUGGCUACCUGUACGUGACGAUAGUGUACAACAUCUCAGUGUCAGUGGCACUGUAUGGCCUCUUCCUCUUCUACCAGGCCACAGCUGACAUGCUCACCCCCUACAGACCAGUGCUGAAGUUCCUCUCAGUCAAGUCUGUCAUCUUUCUCUCCUUCUGGCAAGGAAUGUUGCUGGCAAUUUUGGAAGCUACCGGAGUCCUGAAUGCAGUGCUGUUCGCCAAUGGACAGGAGAUGAUAUCCUCUGGCACUAUAGCAGCCGGCUAUCAGAAUUUCCUCAUCUGCAUCGAGUUCUUCUUCGCUGCUCUGUUGCUGUUCAUGGCUUUUCCGCACAGGAUAUACGAGGAUCUCAAUGCUGGUAAAGCUGAAGCAGCAGGAGUUACAUUACGUGAUGACGAUGGUUCCUACUCGGAGGUCGGGAGUGGAAGUGGCAAUGGGAAGAGUACCCUGACUUCGAUCGGGGCUAGAUUCACACAGUCCAUGAACCCAAAGGAUGUGAUUGAGGAUGCAUUGCACAACUUCUCACCCCAAUACCAACAGUACACCAGACAAGGUGCGGAUGCGGACGCUGAGUUCUUGAAGGACGUUGGCUCUAACAGGGGAAAAAGCGGCACUGGUGGGGGAGGAGGGGCGGAAGCUGAUCAGCCAAUCGGAGGGGGAGGAGGAAACCCCAAGAACGAAAAAAUGGGACUGCUCACUGAAUCGAGCUCAGAAACCGACGAUAAAUCAUCAGAUGAAAUCUGAUACAAAUGCUGCAACAAAGGAAACAAGGUGAAAGCAAAACACGGAGUGGUGUCUUAAAUCGAUGAACCAAAGAGAUUCCAAUUUGAAAGCUGUCACAGAACGGUUAUCUUGGAAAGAAGGGACAAAAAUCGUGACAAUACAUUUUUUUCCAAAAGAAAAAGCAUGUGAAAAAAUGGAGGUUUGAACUGAUUUGCAUGCAAAGAAACUGCAAUUAUUUAUUUGAAUGUAUUCAAAUUACUGCAACUUUGAUUAGCUUUGAAUCGUUUCUGCUAUUCCAUUCACACUGCGACUGCAUGAUCUUUUUUGGCUAAAUUUUUCGGUGAGAUCAAAGCCAAACUUUCAAGCCCUAACCCUUAAGUUCAAUAGUUAUUUUUUUAAUGAAAA